CCCCGCGGGCCUGCGCGUGCGUCGAGAACCGCGGCUACGCGGGCGGCGGGAGACGAGGUUCAGGAAAUUUGCCGAUAUCUAAAUCUCAACCAUGCUGUCAAACUGCUUGCAAAAUUUCCUGAAAAUGGCAAACCCUCGUCUAAUAUAUACAAGAUUGUACCAGCGAGUAAUUAGUGAAAGGAAGUUUUUUGGAACUGUACCAACAUCCAGAUCGCGCAGGCGUGUUGUCAUUACAGGCAUUGGCUUAGUAACUCCUCUUGGUGUUGGAACUCAACUGGUAUGGGAUCGUCUUAUCCAGGGAGAGAGUGGAAUCGUUUCGCUGGUUGGUGAAGAGUAUAAGAGUAUUCCUUGCAGUGUGGCUGCUUAUGUGCCAAGAGGUUGUGAUGAAGGUCAAUUCAAUGAACAAAACUUUGUGCCCAAAUCAGACAUCAAGUCCAUGUCUUCUCCCACCAUUAUGGCCAUUGGGGCUGCAGAGUUAGCCAUGAAAGACUCCUGCUGGCAUCCUCAGUCAGAAGCUGAUCAAGUGGCUACAGGUGUUGCAAUUGGCAUGGGAAUGGUUCCUCUAGAAGUUAUUUCUGAAACUGCUUUGAUGUUUCAGAUGAAAGGUUACAAUAAAGUCAGCCCAUUCUUUGUCCCUAAGAUUCUGGUCAAUAUGGCAGCAGGCCAGGUCAGCAUUCGAUAUAAACUCAAAGGCCCCAAUCAUGCAGUAUCCACAGCCUGUACCACAGGAGCUCAUGCAGUGGGAGACUCUUUUAGAUUUAUAGCCCAUGGCGAUGCUGAUGUGAUGGUGGCUGGAGGUACAGAUUCUUGCAUUAGCCCCUUAUCACUUGCGGGGUUUUCCAGAGCCCGGGCUCUGAGCGCAAACUCUGAUCCUGCGUUGGCAUGUCGACCGUUUCAUCCAAAGAGAGAUGGUUUUGUCAUGGGAGAAGGUGCAGCUGUGCUGGUGCUAGAAGAACGUGAGCAUGCUGUUAAGAGAGGGGCACGGAUCUAUGCAGAAAUUUUGGGCUACGGACUCUCAGGUGAUGCUGGUCACAUAACUGCCCCUGAUCCUGGAGGAGAAGGUGCUUUAAGGUGUAUGGCCGCUGCUAUAAAAGAUGCAGGUGUACAACCUGAAGAGAUAUCCUAUAUCAACGCACAUGCUACUUCCACACCGUUAGGAGACGCUGCAGAAAACAGAGCUAUCAAACAUCUUUUCAAAGACCACGCACAUGCCCUUGCCAUCUCAUCCACCAAGGGGGCCACAGGACAUCUGCUGGGAGCUGCAGGGGCUGCUGAAGCAGCCUUUACUGCCCUGGCUUGUUACUAUCGAAAGCUGCCGCCUACUUUAAACCUGGAUUGUACAGAACCACAAUUUGAUCUCAAUUAUGUUCCACUCAAGGCACAGGAAUGGAAAACUGAGAAAAGAUGUAUUGGACUCACCAAUUCCUUUGGUUUUGGUGGUACUAAUGCAACACUUUGUAUUGCUGGCAUGUAGGACAAAUCAUUUGUAAUUAAACACUGAUUUUUUUAGUGCUAUAAACUACACUAAGUAGAGAAAUAAUAUGUUGAUAUAAAUGCAUGUUUUUGUGUAUCGAUAUCCAGGUAUGCUUUGUCUUUGUCAGGGUUUCUCAGUGGUGGCACUCUUGCUAUCUCGGGCAGGAUAUUUCUUUGUUGAAGAAAGGAGGGCUGUCCUGUAUAUUGUAAGAUGUUUAGCAGCAUCCUAGUCUCUACCCCCACAUAAGAAGCAAAGAUCUAUGAAUGCUCUAGGUCCAAUAGUUUAUUACGACAUUUCUCCUGCUCUCGUCCCUUCCACAAAUAUUUGGUGGGUAGCUCCUCUGUGCUGAGUACGCCAACUCCAGACUCACCUUUUCCAUGCAAUGUAUCAAGAAGGAAUACAAAUACAGCCAGAAGUUUAGUAUCAUUAAUAAUAAACUUCCUUGAAUAUA